UCUACUAUUCCAUACAUUGCAUGAAAUUUAGAAGAAUGUCAACCAUUUCUCUUGAUCCAAGGCUUAACCUCCAAGCCAUUAAGAACCCUCCAAACCAACAUGGAGUUGUUCUUGAAGAAAUUGAAGGUCUCCUCAGAGUUCACAAAGAUGGAAACAUCGAAAGGCCUCCAAUUAUCCCCAGUGUCCCAAGCACUCUGGCACUACCACAUGGUGUCACAGCCAAAGACGUUGUCAUUGAAAAAUUUACCAACUUAUGGGCACGUAUUUACGUUCCAAGCCACCCUGGAAACCUCCCCGUGCUUGUCUACUUUCACGGUGGUGGUUUCUGUGUUGGCUCUGCUUCUUGGAGCUGUUACCAUGACUUCUUGGCCAACCUUGCUUGCAAAGCAAGUUGUGUCAUCAUCUCUGUGAAUUACCGUUUAGCCCCCGAAAACCGUCUCCCUGCUGCUUAUGACGACGGAUUCAAAACUCUUAAGUGGGUGAAACAACAAGCUCUGAGUGAGCCUAGUGAGCAAAGAUGGUGGUUAAGUAGGUGCAGCUUGUCAAGCUUGUUCAUAGUUGGUGACAGUGCAGGGGCUAAUAUAGCCUACAAUGUCACCACACAAUUAGUCCCCUGCGACCCCUCCAGUUUAAGACCUUUGAGUCUCAAGGGCACCAUCUUGAUCCAACCUUUCUUUGGAGGAGAGGCUCGUACUUGGUCCGAGAAAUAUGCAACUCAGCCACCAACCUCUGCACUA